UCUCACUGGGAUUGAGCGGGUCCGACUGUCCGACCGCGGCUUUGCUUCGGGAGGCGCACGCCGCGCCACGGCGAGCCACUCCCUACUCGGCAGGCAUCUCACGGGGACGGUGGCGACAUGCUCCCGCUCAUCUCGCCUCCGGGGCUUCGUGCCGCCGCCAACGCCGGCGGCACUGCCACGUUCCCGAGACCGGCCGUCAUCCUCCCAGGGCUCGGGAACAACACGGGCGACUACGCGCGGCUCGCCGCGGCGCUGCGGGACGACCACGGCCUGCCGGCGGCCGUCGUGGCGCGGGUGACGCGCCCCGACUGGCUCCGCAACGCCGCGGGGCUCGUCGACGCCAACUACUGGCGGGGAACGCUCCGCCCGCGCCCCGUCCUCGACUGGUACCUGAAGAGAGUGGACGAAGCGGUGUCUGAGGCGAGGGAACUAUGUUCUCCAGGUGGAAAGAUAUCAUUGAUAGGGCAUUCAGCUGGGGGCUGGCUCGCACGCGUGUACAUGGAAGAGUUUGAUGCUUCUGACAUAAGUUUACUGCUCACGCUUGGCACCCCUCACUUGCCUCCUCCGAAAGGUGUACCUGGGGUAAUUGACCAGACUAGAGGAUUAUUGAACUACGUCGAGAAGAAUUGUGCUCCAGCAGUUUAUACGCCAGAAUUGAGAUAUGUGUGCAUUGCUGGAAGGUACAUCCAAGGUGCUCCUCUUCUGGGGGACUCUACAGUUACUUCAGAUGAGGUCCUAGCAGUGGACACUACUUCAGAAGGAGGUGAGGCUGUUAUUAUCAGUACCAAUGACAAAUCUACUCCAUCAAGUACCACAUGGAGAGCCCGGUUUGUUGGACAAGGGUACAAACAGGUUUGUGGCCGUGCGGAUGUGUGGGGCGAUGGUGUUGUUCCUGAAAUGGCUGCGCAUCUGGAGGGUGCACUGAACAUAAGCUUUGACGGCGUGUACCACUCGCCUGUAGGUGCUGAUGAUGAACAGAGGCCCUGGUAUGGCUCCCCAGCAAUCCUGAACCAGUGGGUGCAUCACCUUCUCAGCUGAGCUGACUUAUGAGCUAGCUACCCGUCAAGAAACUGGAAAUGUUAUCAACGAUCAACGUUGACAUACCAUCAGGCACCCAGGGGGCGCUUUUUCUCAGCCUGAAAUUGGAGUGUCAAGGCAUCUUGUGUAGUGUCGUUCAUUGGCAGUUUGGCAUGAUAGUAACACAAUCCUGGGCAAUAGUAUUUUUUUGUCCCGUUACACAAUUUUCGUCCAAAUACAACGGAAAACAGGAAUUUCUUACUGUAAAUCAUAUUUCUACGUAUUAUGUAUGAGGCUCCCUCAAUCCUUGAAACUUU